AUGGCAGACAGCGAGCUUGCGCCCAAGUUCGCUCCGUUCUUCUCCUUCGCUGGCAUUGCCGCUGCAAUGAUCUUCGGGUCGGCAGGAGCAGCUUAUGGCACAGCAAAGUCCGGCAUUGGAAUUGCAGGUGUGGGAACCUACAGGGCUGAUCUCAUCAUGAAGUCACUCAUUCCCGUUGUUAUGUCCGGUAUUAUUGCAGUUUACGGUCUCGUUAUCGCCGUGCUCAUUGCGCAAGCAGUGGGCCCAACAACCAAUAUGAGCUUGUACACAGGCUUCAUGCAUCUUGCAGCUGGAAUGUCAGUUGGUCUUACGGGUGUGGCUGCUGGUUAUACGAUUGGAGUCGUGGGCGAUGCAGGAGUUCGAGCAUACAUGCAACAGUCUCGGGUCUACGUGGGAAUGAUUCUCAUCCUGAUUUUUGGCGAAGUUCUUGGGCUUUAUGGGGAAAAGCAACUCGUCGAGUCCCUCCGCCCUUCUCCGCGAUCCUCGAACCCUUUUCUCAUCACCGAGCGCCAGGAUGAGAAGCAACUGUGCAUCUCGUCGAGGAGUCUGCAUGUGAGCGAUUUUAUGCUCGUCAAGACUCUUGGAACCGGCACUUUCGCUCGAGUGUGGCUCGCAAGGUUAAAGGACCAAAAGGACAAGGACAAAGUUUAUGCGUUGAAAAUUCUGCGAAAGGCGGACGUGAUUAAACUCAAGCAAGUGGAACAUGUGCGCAACGAGCGCAAGGCCCUCGCAGCGGUCAUUGACCACCCUUUCAUCACCACCUUGAUCGCGUCGUUCUCGGAUGAGAAGUGCCUGUACAUGCUGCUGGACUAUUGUCCUGGAGGUGAAAUAUUCACGUAUCUCCGACGACAACGACGCUUUAGCGAAGAAGUCUCGACAUUCUAUGCCGCCGAAAUAACAAUGACAAUUGAGUUUCUGCACGACGUCCAUGGAGUUGCUUACCGAGAUCUCAAACCGGAGAAUAUCAUGUUGGAUGCCGAGGGUCACCUCAAACUUGUUGACUUCGGGUUUGCAAAGCAAGUCGAUAAUCGCGAGACAUACACAUUAUGUGGCACACCUGAAUACCUAGCUCCAGAGGUCAUUCAAAACAGCGGCCAUGGACUUGCAGUGGACUGGUGGGCUCUUGGAAUCUUGAUCUACGAAUUCUUGAUCGGACAGCCUCCCUUCUGGGACCAGAACCCUAUGCGCAUCUACGAGCAGAUCAUCGAAGGCCGUAUACGUUUCCCACCGAAUAUGCCGGCCGCAGCACAGAACAUCGUCUCUCUACUCUGUAAAACAAAUCCAUCAGAGCGACUGGGCCACAUCUCUGGUGGCUCGACUCGAGUCAAGUCCCAUCCCUUCUUUCAAAAUGUCAUUUGGGAUGAUUUGUUUUAUCGCCGCGUAAAGGGACCUAUAAUUCCCCGCCUAUCCCACCCCGCGGACACGGGUAACUUUGAAGAAUACCCGGAUCCCCCCGACCUCAGAAACUCGAACAUUUACACGGAAGAUCUGAAGAAGAAAUACGAGCCGUUGUUCAGUGACUUCUGA